CGCUCAUCGUCGCAUUAUUUUUGUCCUCCUACCGCCGCCAUUGCUCCCAGAUUAGGAACAUCUUUCAGCAGCUAUCUGCGGUUAAUUAAAUAGAUUAAACGGGUUUUUAUGUUUGUGAUGUGACGCUUUAAUAACCGGGAAGACGUCCUGACUUCAUGGAUUCAACAGCUAGCGAUCUUACUUCGACGCAAAAAUUACAAAACCUGAGCAGAGAGAUAACGCUAGCUAACUAGCUAACCUUAAAGUGAGCUAGCAUAGGUGGUGUCUUGUUUUCCUGCUAGAAACAUUAAUUAGUUCUCGUUUAGAGGUUAUUUCUAGACGCAUUGAAGAUGUCGCUACACGGUAAACGUAAAGAAAUCUACAAGUACGAGGCGCCAUGGACAGUUUACGCCAUGAACUGGAGCGUCCGGCCGGACAAGCGGUUCCGCCUGGCGCUCGGCAGCUUUGUGGAGGAGUACAAUAACAAGGUUCAAAUAGUUGGUCUGGAGGAGGAGAAUUCAGAGUUUGUGUGUCGAAACACUUUCGACCAUCCCUACCCCACCACCAAAGUCAUGUGGAUACCCGACAGCAAAGGAGUGUACCCUGACCUGCUGGCCACCAGUGGAGACUACCUGAGAAUCUGGAGGGUGGGUGAAACAGAGACCCGUCUGGAGUGCCUGCUCAACAAUAACAAGAACUCUGACUUCUGUGCACCACUCACAUCCUUUGACUGGAACGAGGUGGACCCAAACUUGUUAGGUACCUCCAGUAUCGACACUACCUGUACAAUCUGGGGGCUGGAGACUGGACAGGUGCUGGGCAGGGUUAACUUAGUGUCGGGUCAUGUCAAGACGCAGCUCAUUGCCCAUGACAAAGAGGUGUAUGACAUCUCUUUCAGCCGAGCGGGUGGUGGCAGGGAUAUGUUUGCCUCAGUGGGAGCAGACGGCUCAGUCCGCAUGUUUGAUCUCCGUCACCUUGAACACAGCACCAUCAUCUAUGAAGACCCCCAGCACCACCCACUGCUCCGACUCUGCUGGAACAAGCAGGACCCCAACUACCUGGUCACGAUGGCGAUGGACAGCAUGGAGGUGGUGAUCUUAGACGUGCGUGUGCCCUGUACUCCGGUGGCCAGACUCAACAACCACAGGGCCUGCGUCAACGGAAUCGCUUGGGCGCCGCACUCCUCCUGUCACAUCUGUACAGCAGCGGAGGACCACCAGGCUCUAAUCUGGGACAUUCAGCAGAUGCCGCGGGCCAUUGAGGACCCUAUACUGGCCUACACAGCCGAGGGAGAGAUCAAUAAUGUCCAGUGGGCCACCACCCAGCCUGACUGGAUUGCUAUCUGCUACAACAACUGCCUGGAAAUCCUCCGAGUCUGAGCUGCAGUCCUGAGGAAACGAGGCAACUCAAAAACAUUCUCAGUUAAAUUUACAGGCUGUUUAAGAAGGACGGAGCAGUAUUCAGUUCAUGCUCGUAUUGGGUUAAUGUUGAUACAGAUCAUGUGUGUAAAGCCUUUUUUCCACUGAGUGAGAAAGUCAGUGCUCGACUUAUAAUUAACAGACGUCCUGUAUCAAAAAAACUCAAAGGAGCUCCAAAACAAUAAUGGAAACCAAGUCUCAAGAAACUGUUUUCAUGUACGGACAUGAACCAAGGUUCAAUGGCCUUAAAGCUUUCAGCAUGUUGUGUCACAGACAAAAAGGCUUGUCAGUUACAUGUUUUUAUACGCUACAUGGUGCAUUGUAUGUACAGUUUUACCCAUUUAUUCAUCCUCAACUAUUCGUUUUUAUGAUGCAGCAAAAUGUAGUUUAGCCACAUUGAAGUGGAUUGAAUGUGGUUAGUGUUCAUAUUCAAUUGUUUUUUUUAACCUAUUAAUAUGUGUAUUUUAUUCAACAGAAUAUCAUUUGUGAUAUGAAAAACAUUUGUUGUGAUACAUUAAUUACAAUUUACUAGUAUUAACCAUGGGUCAUAAUGCAGAUUUUUUAAAAUCAUUUAUGCACCAAUUAUUUUAUUCAUUUCACCAUUAUUUUUUACUUUAUACAUUAAUAAACAGUCCCUCACAGUUUCAGUCAUUAAACAUACAUUUUAUAUAUUAGGCCAUUAUUUCCAAGUGAGGUCAUCAACUUAUUGAUACAAAUCUAUAGUACAUAUUUACAGAUAGAAUUGAUAGGUUGAAAAAGUGAAUUCUUCCAGUUACUGAGAGAACACCGCCUGAUGUACAUCAUCCAAAAUCUCUUAAAUUCAGAGAAACUUACAAGAAAACUGACAUUGUGUAACAAAAUCUGUGAGUCCUGUUGUGAUAUUGAGUUCUGUUGUGAUAUUGGGAUGGGGAUAGGAUAAUGUGGAAGACAACGGGAGUUAUUUCUUACAUGUUGUAGGUGAUUCAGUACGGGGUUAUGAUUGUGUGAUUAUUUGCUAAACAUAAAGUCAGAAAAU